UGCAGCAUUGUUUCCUUGUGAGCGUAACUCCCACCUGUCCGGAAAGAUGCAAUGACAUAUCGAGCCAAAUCGUGUGCAAGAAAGGACGCCUCCCGCGAAUUCUUCCAAUUCACAUUUGUGCAACACUGCAGCGGACCACGAACGAGAUCGAAGCGACUAUCCACACUGCAGUCAUGGCAACUACAGGAGAAUCGAUGGUUAUUGAUCAAAGUGCCUUUGAGUAUGACUACGAGACCCUCAGGACCACAGGGGUGAUCUUGGCGGUGGUCAUGUUUGUUCUCGGGAUCCUCAUUGCGUUGACUCUAGCCCAGUUGAAGGCUCACAGCCAGCAAAGACAGAAGUGCCCCCUCAGACAGUAUAAGGAGAGAGCAGUGGGGGCGAGGGAGGGGGCGGCUGGCUGUCGAAGGAUUCACGCCGGAGAAAGGAAAGGCGGCCACAGGUGCUAACAGACACAUGGACUCAGUGGGAAACCACAACACUCUCACCAGUGUCUGCUUCUCUCUGGAAGCCUUUUCUGUACCAAACUGCUUUCCCUGCUGUGAUCAGUUUCCCUGUUUAUCCUGGCUUUGCUGUGGGGGAUUUCUGGCCUAUGACCUCUUUUAGUAGCCCUUCAUUUCACUUCGGAAUAGCCCCAUAUUAUUGCAACAGGGUAACUGAAAAGUCAUUGAUAAUUGCACUUUACAGUUCAUGACUUGAUUUAACUUGUAAUAAGUUAACUGACAUACUUGAGAAUAAGCAGAAGUACAAAGGCCUGAAUGUAUGUUGAUUAUCAGGACCCACGUCACCCCUUUGAGCACGGGGAAUGUUUUGUACGCCAAAACUUUACUCUGGUGCCCCCUGGUGGAUGACCUGGAAACAGGUCUGGUUGGCAGAGCGGAUUGGCUGAGCAGCUCCCCGCUUUCUCUCCCUCGUGUUUCACUGGGAUCACCUCCGCAACUUCUGCAUGACCUGAUGUAUUCUACUACUGUAUUACACACACAGUACUUUUAAAUAUGAAUAUUACAUGAAAUAUCAAUUUAUCUGAGUGAGAAUGAGUACAGGUGGGGAAUGAGGAUUUUCCAAGGAUGGAGUUACAGAGAACAGAGUGAAAUAAUUGUGUUACUGAGAAAGUAGACUACUAACAUGCUAGUUACUUGUUUUCAGUAAUAUUAGAGCUAUUUUUACCCUUGUAGAUUAUGCCUGAACCUGAGCCAUUGUAUAGCCAAACAACACCAAAUGUUUUCUCAAAGAUGCACAAAACGAAAGUGCGAAAGACGAAAGUGUUUGAGAUUAAUAAAGAUAUGAC